AUGGAACCAUUUGUGGGGGCACAGUCUGUCAGUAGAGCCAGAGGGACAGGGUGCACCAGGAGUCUCACACAUACUUGAACAUCCAGCCUCUGAACCGAACCGGGCCAGACGGCUUCUUCUGAUACAGCUUCUCUUCAAGAUCCAACAGAAAAUCAACUACACACAAUACAGGAGAGGUGGAGGCCAUGGCUGGUGGGAAGAGAGCAUCGUUCUCUGGUGUGCUCACUGUUGCUCUGCUAGCCACCAUACUGCUGCCUGAAUUCCUGUCAGCAGGGCCGGUGGUUCAGAUGCUCAAAGGAGAUGUAGGGGAUGCCACUGAGGAGACAGAGGUUGCCAUGGCGUCACCAAGGAGGCUUGUCCGUAACCGUAGAAACAUCAGCUGGUACAAGCAACACUCAGACUUCUGGAGCUGGUACAAAUACUUCACGGACAAUGGAAACACGGAGGCAGUCCAGGAGCUGGACAAGGUCUACCUGGCCUACCUCCAGAAUAAGAACCGAGCUGAGGGCCGUCGCUCCUACAAGGCCUACCUGGGUCACCUAGGGGACAUCUACAAGGCCUGCGCCAACUCAGAGGACCCAAACUGUGUGGCCUCUGCAACCAACCGGCCCAAACCUGAACCCAAGACCCCUCCCAAGCCCGUCCCCGCCCCUGUCAAGGCCUGUGACCCCUACAGGGACCCAUAUUGUCUCUAUGCCGCUCUGGCACGAGCCAAGAGCCAGCCCCCACCUUCCCCCGCCCCGGUCAAGGCCUCAGCCCCCCUGUAUGCACGCUCCCCUGUGGCCAUUAAAGACCCACACUCUGGGUACUACUACUACUCCCCUGCCGUGCAGUCCUUCCUCUCCAAGGAGCAGAAGUCGGAGCUGCUGCGUAUCUGUUCAGCGGAGGACGUGGAGUGUCUUCAGUUCCACCUGAGAGCUGCUUUCGGCCACAAGCCCUCCGCUGGGCCCCUGCCCUCCUACGCCCACCUGGGCUGUGACCCAAAAGACCCCGCUUGUAAACCACAGCUGGUCCAGAAAGGCCCCUCCGGCCUCUUCCUCCGUUACCCCAACUGUGACCCCAGAGACCCUCGCUGCGCCUACGCUGCAUCACUACAGGCACCCCGUGCCCCCGCCCCCUACGCCCCAGCGGGUCCUGGUUCCUGCAACCCUCUGUUUGAGGACGGCUGUAACCCUCUCACCGCCACAAAGUUUGCCACGGCACCGGAGAAGUUCAAGGAGGAACACAAAGACGAUCCCGCCGCAAUGCACGCCGCGGCCCCAGCCCCUGAGCAAAGCAGUGACCCAUUCACUAUGUACAGGGAUGCUUAUGCUAACGCUAAUGCUAACCGCCAAGCCAAUGCUCCCAGCGCUCCAGCUAGCGACCCAUAUGCCAUGUACCGCCAAGCUAUUGCUAACGCUCAAGCUAACGAACCAAACGGCAUGUACAAACAAGCUAAUGCUAACGCUAAUACUAACGAUCCCUUUGCAAUGUUUCGUGAAGCCGCAACCUCCAUGCACAGACGUACCCACCCCUCCCCCCAGGGGCAGGCCCCAGUCCCACCUCCCCGCUAUGAGGAAGCCCCCCAGGAGGAUCGCCACCCGUUGGGCCCCCGAGGAAAGACCAAGGAGGGCUACGAAUGCUACAUUGGCUAUGACCAGGAGUGCUACCCAAUAACCCGCACAGAGCCGCGUUCUGGUGCCCAACGUAACACCGCCUACCCCGCCGAGCCCUACGAGCCACAUCUCAACGCUGAUGGAUCACGGAACGGAGUCUUGGAGCCUUCCGACCCCGACUGUGACCCAGAGUAUGACACCAACUGCCGCCUGCGCCGUUACCAAACCCAGGAGGAGCUGCUGCCAUACGCCAACGCCCAGGCUGAACACCAUGGGGGGCCAGAGGCAGAGCCCAGCCAGGACCACAGUUACAGCCAGGGAGAGCCAGAGAGAGACAGCGAGGCAGAGUCAGAGCCAUACCAGAGUGGCCAGGAGGAGACCUACGGGACUUAUCCCCCUCCCUCGCAGGGGCUGUCGUACGGGUCCUACCCCUCACCCCAGCGGGGAAUGCCCAGCUUCCAAGACAUGCUGAGAGGAUACGGAGACCAGUACUCUGAACAGGACGACCACAGGGCAUACGCUGCUGACUACAGCAAAAAAUAAGUAAUCACACACACACACUGCAUACACAAAGACACACUACAUAUACCAUAAAGACUACAACAAUAAAAACGAACACCAGCUAAAAUCGGAGCAGAUGACGUGGGACACUAUUUAAUACAAAAUAAUAAUAAAAGUCUGAUUGAAGUCUGACACACACAUGUCAUGUACGCACGCUCGAACAGGCACGCACACACGCAGUACAGUGCUCUUAGCAGUAGGAGUUUCUCUCCACUAGAUGUUUUUAGAUGUUUUAUCUGGCAGUUUGUUAGCUUUUAUUGAUUGAUUGACAAUAAUUGACAAUUGAUUGAGCCCCUCCUUAUUUAAUAAAUUCUCACAGCUCCGCUUCGCUUCUGUAGCUACAAACCUCACAUGCUUUUUGUAUUUGUUUUCUUCAUGAUGUAUUAUGUAAAGUUUUUUUCCCCCUAUGAAUGUUUUAAAUAAAAGCUUUGAAAAACGUG